CUUUAAAGCGGCGCAGUAGAUGGCAUUGUGUUUCUGACAAACACAUCUCUUGUUUAUUUUAUUUUAUUAGUAACAUAAUAACAGAAACAAUUUUUUAUGCCCCCGGUAGGGUGGCAUAUAGCAGUUAAACUGUCCGUCAGUCAGUCCGUCUGUCCGAAAACUUUAACAUUGCCCAUAACUUUUGCAAUAUUGAAGGUAGCAACUUGAUAUUUGGCAUGCAUGUGUAUCUCAUGGAGCUGCACAUUUUGAGUGGUGAAAGGUCAAGGUCAUGCUUCAAGGUCAAAGGUCAAAUAUAUGGCUUCAAAGCGGCGCAGUAGGGGGCAUUGUGUUUCUGACAAAUACAUCCUCUUGUUCUUGAUAAUAUAAUUAUUUAUUGCUAUUCAAACAUUGUGAUUUAUGUUGAAAUGUAAAUCAAUUGACAUUUUUAAAAAUAUGAAAAUCAGUGAAUAAGUCCCUUUAACUGAAUACAUGUAUCAAGUUUAACCCAUUUUCAGAAAAUGGUUUAUCGUAAACCUGUUAUCAGCAAAUCGAUUUAUGUACAAGAUCUGUUUGUAACUUGACUAUGGACUUGUUCUUCAGUGUGUAUUUAAAGUGGGUUGUGAGCUUAAAAAGCUUUCAUAAUUCAGCCUUUUUGUCAGUUUUAAGUUAAGUAGCUUAGUUAUUAUAAUACUUUCUAAAACUGUGUCUGUAAUUUAGCUUUCUGGUUUUGAAAACGCUCAUUUUAUUUUCUUAAAGUAGUCAAAAUAAUAGUGAAUACGCAACUUUUAAAUCACAGGACAGUUCACAAUACCUUUUGAAAAUGGCAAGUUCUGUAGAUUCAGUUCAUAAAAGUUCAGAUUCAGUGAAAGACUAUUCUUGUGUUGGAUGCCUAAGUCAAAAUAUAGAAAAAAGUGCUGACUUUUUUUGUGAAACAUGUUUCAAGUGUUUUUGCGAAAAAUGCCUUUAUCAUCACAAUCAAGUAUUUGUAAACCAUGUGUCAUAUGGAAGAAGAGAAACAAAUAAAUGGCCUCUUGAAAAGGCAAUUGAGGAUUUGCUACUGAAAUGUGAUGUUCACAACAACAAAAAACUGAAAAUGUUCUGCCACGACCACAGUCAGCUGUGCUGCUCGGAUUGUGUUUUACUGAAUCACAGACAGUGUACAAAUUUGGCUCUAAUUUCGGAAUCAGUCAAAACGCUGUCUGUGGAUAUGCAGCCGUUGUCAAAAAAAAUUCAAUCAAUUAUUGCUGAUCUAAAUAAGUUUAAGAGAGAACAAGAGACCAGCAUUCUGUCCAUUGACGGAUCAUAUAGUGAAAAACUGCAAGAAAUCAGAAACCAGCGUAAGAAAUUAAAUGCAGCUCUUGAUGAACUAGAAAAUACAACAUUGAAAGAACUGGAUGAAAUAAGGACCACAUUGCAAACCUCUCUUAAGAAAGAUGUGGACAGCUGUGGCAGACUGAAGGAUGAACUGCAACAACUCAGUGAUGCUGUACAGGGCCUUUGUGAUAAGAGCAUUCAAGACAUAGAGUUCAUAGCCAGCAGGAAAUGUCUGGAUAAGAUACAAGAGUCUGAGAGAUAUCUGAAGGAGAACCCAGUGAAGGUUCAGAGUUCAAUAAUAUUCAAGGCAAACAGCGAUAUUGAGCAGUACCUGUCUCAACUGUCUGAUCUUGGAAGGAUUGUAGACAGUAUGCAGUCUCUGAAACUUAAGAAAAAUCCAGACCAGGUGUUGACUGUAAAGAGUAAAUCUGAGUAUAAUGUGAAAAUAUCAAAUGACACAAGUCCUAAUUGCUCUAUCAGAGGCAUUUGCAGCCUUUCUAGUGGUUAUAUCAUUGUUGCAGAUCACUCUAAUAAGAAAGUGAAACUGUUGGACAAGAAUUACAAGGUUUCCAGUCACUGUGAUAUGCCUAGUUCUCCAUUGGACAUUUGCCAAAUCACAGCAAGUGAAGUGGCUGUGACUCUUGAUGGUGCCGAAGUGCAGUUUAUGUCUGUAAGCAAUGGGCAGCUGGUGAAUGGAAGGAAGUUACAGUUGCCACAUGCUGCUGUUGGCAUUGCCCAUCAUCAGGGAGGAUUGUAUAUCACCGAUCGCACUGCACUCUACCACUACACCCUGACUGGGAACCUUGUGAAAAAGCUUUAUGAAGGAGAUAUAAAUUCACCAUGGAAAGCGUUCAAAUGUGCAUUGAGUCCUGCCGGUGACAGGAUCUAUGUUACUUUAGGCUACUGGAAUGCUUUUAAGGGCUUCGUCAAGUCCACUCUCCUCACACUGGCCACAUACGGCAGCCUGAUAUCCACCUUCACCGAUCGUGAACUACAAUCUCCAAGUGCUGUCCAUGUCACUCCUGAUGGACAAGUCCUUUGCUGUGCAUACGACUCCAAUACUGUAUUACAGGUGGAUCACGAGGGUAAAAAGAAACUGGCAACUCUGGCUUCACAGAGAGAUGGACUUUGCAAUCCAGCGUCUGUCUGCUACAACAGCAACAGUCACCAGAUCAUUGUGGGACAAUAUGAGAACAAUAAAAUCAUUGUUAUUGAAUUGCAAUAGCUCUUUCAAUGGAUGAAAACAUCAAUAUAAACAUGGUUAUAAAUGUAAUUUCCAUUUUUUCUUUGGAUGACAUAUUUAGUCAUAUCAGUUUAUAUAUAGGUUAAGCACAGCAUAAUUAUACAUUUUCUUUUAUUAUUUACUAUUUAAUAAUAUAUAUUUUUAUGCCCCCCUUCGAAGAAGAGGGGGUAUAUUGGUUUG